AUGCUAGUCUCCACUUCUCAUGGAAUGUGUAAUUUGAGUACUUUGGAAAUAAUGUCUGACCCAGAAUUCUUUGAACCUAAAACUGAUUGUUCUGGGUUUAAUAUGGGAUAUUGGAGAUUGCAAAACAUUUCUUUUAUUCAUCAACUUAAGGAUGUAACCAUAGAGGAGCUUUCCAUUUGA